UUCCACCGACCGUUCCUAUCUUGAAAACACACAGCAAAACCUUCCUUCCCAAAUAACACUUCUAUUGAGUUAAAUUAUACACAAGAGUAUCAGGAUGCCGGGCCUGACGAUUGGCGAUACCAUCCCUAACCUGGAAGUUGAAACUACCCACGGCAAGUUCAAGCUCCACGACUUCGCCGGCGAUGGCUGGACCAUCAUCUUCUCUCACCCAGGUGAUUUUACGCCGGUGUGCACGACGGAACUGGGGAAGAUGGCGGCGUACACGGGGGAAUUUCGGAGGAGGGGGUUGAAGCUGCUAGGCUUGUCUUGCGACGACUUGCGCUCUCACGCGGAUUGGAUCAAGGACAUUGAAGCCUGCUCUGGCGGCUGCAAGGUGGACUUCCCGAUCAUCGGGGAUCCGAAGAGAGAGAUCAUAAAGCAACUCAACAUGGUUGACCCGGAUGAGAAAGACCCGACCGGGAACCAGGUCCCCUCUCGGGCUUUGCAUAUUGUGGGUCCGGAUAAGAAGAUUAAGCUGAGCUUUCUGUAUCCGGCGAGCACGGGGAGGAACAUGGACGAGGUGGUGAGGGUGGUGGAGUCGCUGCAGAAGGCGGCGAAGCACAAGGUGGCUACUCCGGUGAACUGGAAACCGGGAGAUCCGGUGGUGAUAUCACCCGGCGUGUCCAAUGAGCAGGCAAAGGAGAUGUUCCCGCAGGGGUACGAGACCGUUGAUCUCCCGUCCAAGAAAGAAUACCUGCGAUUCACAAACGUCUAAUGAAUUAAGUGGACUGCCUACUUAAUAUAAUUAUAUGUGUAAUAAUUAAAUUUACCAGCUGAUGAAAUGCGUGUAUGUUUUGUUUGACCAUCGAUGUGAUGUACAAACGGCUUUACGCAUGUCUGAAAGGUCGAAUAAUAGACAGGAGGUCAUUUUACGGA